AUGGCCUUUCCCACCGUCUGUGUCGCUCACCGCUUGCCUGUGGAGUUGCUUUGCAGUAUAUUCGACUAUCUACAAGAAGAAUAUGUCAACUUGCGCGAUCCUUCGUGCGUCGAUGUCUGUACUGAUUCAGCGCAAGUCCUACGCACACGCUUCCCAUACUCGGUCGCAUGGGUGUGCAGACUAUGGCGAGAUGCAGUCGGAAGCGAAGCGCAUUUCUGGACAUGGAUCAACGUCUUUGUCAAUGAUCCUGUCUGGACGCCUGCAUACCUUGACGAAGAAAUACGUUGGUCGCAGGCUGGUCGUGGUAUAAAAUUGACCGUCCUGAUGGAUCCCGGCCUCCCUAAUUUGCCGGAGAGUGUGCUACGCGCGCGCAUGGGCGCGAUCAUGGAAAUCCUCCGCGAAUCGACAUGCAUCGAGCGCUGCGUGAGCGUUCGAAUCAACGUAGCCCCCGACACACCCAUAUUUGGCCCCCUCAGCCGUCUCAUCGGCUUCAACGAGUCUCUCACCCGUCUUAACCUUUCGUCCGAAAUGGAGCACCCAGCCUUGACUCUGGGUCAUCCUGGCAUACGCUGUACCAUGGCUAACCUCCGGGCGCUCACAAUUGAUGGCCAUAAUCUUGUUAUCGCCCACAGUUCUCAAUCGUUACGAGGACUUUCUCUCACCGAUGUGGCCAUCUACAACUACCCUCCUCCUAUUGCGGCGAUGGAGCCUAUUGAUGAGGCCGCCAUGUUGACCCAAUUACUCAGUCGUGCCCGGACAAUCGCAAUUCGACGUUGUUAA